UGCGUCAUUGUUAUUGUGGUGGUUGACGCUCCAGCUGCAAACAGGGAUUUCGCUUCAAUUUCGCUCACAUUUUGGAAAUUAAAAACUGCUUUAACGAUUGAACCCGCAAGUUUUACCAGCACAAUGUCGCUCCAGAAGGACGUUUCCUCGGACGAGAGUUUGCAAGGUUCCUGGGUCGAGCUGCAUUUCAGUGGCACAGGCUCUCGAAGCGCCAGUCAUCACGGAAGCCAGGAGCAGAUCCCCACGACCAGUCAGGAGUGUGACGUGGAGAAAAUGCUGCUGGAGGCACAGCACGAGUCAGGAAGGAACAGCUCCAGAGGAAGCUCUCAGUGCAACAGCCCACUUAGAGCACAGACCCCCCUUCUUCUGUGGAGAGGCUCAGAGGGAAACAGCUCACAGUCGGAUGAAGACUUCCAAGAAAGAAGGCGGGAAGUAGAGAACAUGAUGAAGAAAAAUGCUGACUGGAUUUGGGACUGGUCCAGUCGACCUGAGAACAGUCCUCCAAAGGAGUUCCUGCUGAAGUACCCUAAGCGCUCGACCUGUCUCAGCAUCAGGAACACCAGCGUCAUGAAGAAGGGAGGUGUCCUCUCUGCUGACUUUCUCAAGCUUUUCCUGCCCUCAUUAAUCAUUUCUCACAUACUAGCUGUUGGACUAGGGAUAUAUAUUGGGAAGCGUCUUACUUCACACAACACCUACUGAUUACGGGAGGAUGUAUUUUGACACCUUGUCACCUUUUUGUGACCGUCUUGGCAUGCCUUAAAAAAGGACCCUCGGCAUAUCACUGGGGAUGUGGCAAUGUGACACUGUUUAAUUUUGACUGAGUGCCCCGCAUCACCCUCACAGCUUGGACAGUUCAGGGUUCUGUCGCUGGUGUUUUAUGGUGAAAACACCAUAAAACAUCACAAUAAUGAACCCUCCCUGCUUCGCCUGGCCUGAACAUGACUGUUUUGCUGCUUUCUGCUCCGUAAAUUUGCACGUUAAGAAACUUAAAUGUAUACUGUGUGUCAUUUACUUUUUGCAAAGAGGGAUCACUUAAAUUUUUUUGGUUAUUAGUUUAGUGAUUUUAUAUUUUAAAGACCAGCUAUUGUUUGACUUUCUUGUUAAAGGGAUUAUUAGUUUAGUGAUGGCAAUACGUGCAAUUACAUCUUGUCACUUGAAAAAUCAAUAGCUUGUUGAUUCAUUUUGUUCAGCAAACAAAAUAAAAUAAAAAGAUUUACAAAGUAAA